AUGUCGUGGCAAGGCAACUUGGUUGGCAGCGGCCACGUCGACAAGGGCGCCAUCAUCAGCGCGGCCGGCGACAGUGUCUGGGCCGCCUCGGAGGGAUUUCAGCUCAAGCCCGAGGAGAUGAAGGCCAUAGCGGCCAUUGUUGGCGGGGACGCAGCGGCCAAGGACAAGGCCUUUGCUGAUGGCCUCUACAUCGGCGGCGAACGAUACGUCAUGGCGCGUGCGGAAGAUCGAUCCAUCUACGCACGAGCGGGCCGUCUCGGCGUCUGCGUCGCCAAGACCAAGCAGGCCAUCGUCGUCGGCCACCACGGCGAGACCCAAGUGGCCGGUAACGCAUCCUCGACCGUCGAGGUGUUGGCCGACUACCUCGUCAAGCAGGGCUACUGA